AGACGAAGAAGAAGAAGACAUCAUCACUGCAACGUUGUGUUGUGUUUGUUGGUCAGAGAAUACGUUUGAUUUACGUCCUUUCAAGCUCGCUGGGAAGGAAAGAUCGGACGGAAGAAGGAUCGGACAAAGACGUUUUAUCGAGGGAAGUCAGGAAGAAGAUGUGCAGCAGCUGUUGGUGAUUACAGAGGGGUUCCUUGUAAACGGAAACAGCACAAGUACAACUUAGAGUCCCAUCUCAUAAAAGUGGAACCAGAGGAACUAUGGCCCAAUCUGGAUGGAAAGCAGUUGAUGAUGGGAUGGUGGAGAGUGUCACCAGUUUACCGAUGAUGAAAGCUCCUCUGAAGAGUGAAGAUGAUGAUGAUAAAGAAGCUCAGCCUUGGUCAUAUACAGCCCAUCUCCAUCAAACCAAAACUGAAGGCAACAUAGAGGUAGAGGCUCCAACCAACAACCCAGCUAAACUGAUUAAAUCAGAAACUGAUGGAGAGGACUGUGGAGGACCAGAAAUAACCAGUAACCCAGACCCAAGCAGUUUUUUACAACUAAAUAGUGACAAUAACGCUUCAGGCUUUUCUGAGAUGCAACAUUUGUCACAUUUUGGACCUGAAAUGGAAGAUGGUGAUAAGGGCUGGAAUGACAACAAGGCACAUGGAUCAGGUGUAUACAGUAAUGUAGAGUGUAACACGGCCACCUCACUAAGCUUCUCUGAAUGUGGUGAAGAGUUUCAUGACCAACAAUCUCUCCAGAGACACUUAACAAAAAGGUCUUUGAGCUGUUUGAACAGAAAGAAAUGUUUUAGAGUGACACACAAUGUAAAUAUCCAGGAAAGAGACCAUACAGGGAAAGAAACAGUUCAGUGUGAUGUUUGUGGUACAAUCUUUGGUCAUAAAAAACAACUUAGUAUGCACAUGAAAGUCCACACAGGAGACAGACUGUUCAGCUGUAAUGAAUGUGGACAUAGAUUUAGUGAAAAGUCAAGCUUAAACAAACACAUGAGAAUCCACACAGGAGACAGACCCUUCAGCUGUGAUAAAUGUGGACAUACUUUUAGUCAGAAGACACACUUAACUCGACACAUGAAAAUCCACACAGGAGACAGACCCUUCAGUUGUGAUGAAUGUGGACAUAAAUUUAGUCAAAAGACACACUUAACUCGACACAUGAGAAUCCACACAGGAGACAAACCAUUCAGCUGUGAUGAAUGUGGACAUAGAUUUAUUCAAAAGAUACACUUAACCCAACACAUGAGAAUCCACACAGGAGACAGACCAUUCAGCUGUGAUGAAUGUGGACAUGGAUUUAGUAGAAAGACACUCUUAAAUCAACACAUGAGAAUCCACACAGGAGACACACCAUUCAGCUGUGAUGAAUAUGGACAUAGAUUAUGUAGAAAGACAAACCUAAACACACACAUGAGAAUCCACACAGGAGACAGACCAUUCAGCUGUGAUAAAUGUGGACAUAGAUUUAGUGAAAAGUCAAGCUUAACCAGACACAUGAGAAUCCACACAGGAGACAGACCUUUCAGCUGUGAUGAAUGUGGACAUAGCUUUAGUCAAAAGUCAAACUUAAACAACCAUAUGAAAAUCCACACAGGAGACAGACCUUUCAGCUGUGAUGAAUGUGGACAUAGCUUUAGUAGAAAGACACUCUUAAAACAACACAUGAGAAUCCACACAGGAGACAGACCUUUCAGCUGUGAUGAAUGUGGACAUAGAGUUAGUCAAAAGUCAAACUUAAACAAACACAUGAUAAUCCACACAGGAGACACACCAUUCAGCUGUGAUGAAUGUGGACAUAGAUUUAGUCGAAAGACAAGCCUAAACACACACAUGAGAAUCCACACAGGACAGAGACCAUUUCCUUGUGAGGUUUGUGGUGAAUUAUUUAGGUGGCAUCAAUCUUUAAAAGGACACAUGCGCAUCCACACAAAAUAGAAGAGGCACAGUUUAAGGAUAUUGAUGCAAAUAUGUAAAUAAUGUGUUUAUAUGUGUAGAUAUGUGCUGGUUGUGGAAGAAAUUUCCUUAUUAUGGGUGCCUAUGCUAUAAGCAUUGAGGCACACAUAUUACUAUCGCUCUGUGUAUAUUGCGCUUAUAAUUCUCCCAUUUCUGCUUGGAACUUUGGCCCCUAUCUCCUCCCACAGUUUUGACUGUACCCCCACAAAAGGUAUAUUAAAGCAUGUGUCUCAAUCUCGAACGGUGUGCUAUGAC